AUGCUCCCUCACCCAACAUCUCACCAAAUCCUAGUACUCCCCCAAGAACUUUCCCUAUAAAUACCCCUUUGUUGAUGACAAUCUCAUCAAUUCAAGUCAAAACAUACACUUAAUUUCCUUGUAAUCAACACAAUCUAGCAAAUUAUAUAACAAUGGCCACUUCCAACAACUGCUCAAUCCUCUUAUUGAUGAUAGCAUUAUUGUCCAUGUCAAGCAUCACCACAAGUCAUGCUGCUCGUGGCCUACUGCAACUUCCUAACUUGCCUACAUUCCCCUCAUUGCCUCAACCAACAGUUCCAAAACCACCCAGUAUUCCAAACUUGCCAACAGCAGCCACAUUGCCACCAUUGCCAAGUGUUGCAUCAUUGCCAACAGUUCCAACAACUAAUACACCUUUACCUUCUUUGCCUACAUUGCCCUCUGUUCCAAAGAUGACUCUACCACCAAUGCCUGCCAGCAUUCCUCUGCCCAACAUGCCAUCACUUCCAAGCAUUCCCACAAUUCCAAAUAUUAUUCCUACAAUAUCACCUCCUCCAUCUAACUAAAUACUUAUCUCACAGCUUUCAACUGCGUGCUUUUUACCUAUUUACCGUAUUGGUCAUUCCUUUUUUUUCCUUUUUCUUUUGUCAUUUUAAUAUUUAUGUGAUUCUUGACAAUGUAUUGUAUCAUGUUAUACUCUGAGUUAUAUACAUUGAUUUGUCAUUUCUGUUAAUCCAAUGCAGUGUCUAAUUGCUUAUUACUGGUUCGUGUGUACUUGACUAAUAUAUUUCUUUGUAAGUCCUAUUUAGAAAACAGCCAUAUUUGGGACCCUUAUUCAGAAAAUAGCCAAAGCUUAUUAUCUUCCAAGUUUAAUUGAUUCAACGUCAACUCAGAUUUCUGAGACUGAAGUGAAAUCAUGAGUUCGACAUUUCAAAUAUCAAAAAUACAUAUCUAAAGUUCCCUAGUUUAAAAAUGCAGGCUUGAAGUUGGGGAAUUGUCGAAUCUAACUUCACACCCAGAUAAUCUUAAGUUGGCAAAUGUGUGUGUCAAUCAAACUUCAAACAAUCAAGUCUAAAUUUAGGCUUGG